AAGUGACCUUACAUUUUUGUCAGUGUGUUGAUAUAUGACUGAAGAAUGUCCUUACAGGGUUCAUUUUGAUCAGAUAAAUGAAACUUUCAGAUCUGAUUACAAAACCCUAGGGGAUUUUUCCAGCCAUUUUUGUGCUUAUCAAAUUGUUCUUCACACUUCCUCUCUUCAGCCAGUGGUCUAUUUUUUAUAUAUAUUAAGAAGACCAGAAUAAAACACAGUCUAGAAAUAUGUCAAGGUAAAAACCACCAUAGCACCUAGUGCUGUUCAGCUGACCCAGACAUGAGUAUGCUUAUCUGCUAACCCACAUAUGUCUACUUGAUGAGCACUCAGAGCCCUCAAGAAGUUCUAUUAAAGUGGGAAAAUAUUUAUUAUAGUUCAUUGAUUUUAAGGUAUGCAUUUUUUCCAUUUUAACAUCUCUUAAAUUGUGAUAUCUCUUAUAGUCAAUGGCAUCUUAAAUUGAUAUUUUUUUUCUUAUAAGUUGGUGCAUCUUACAAUCAAUUACAUCAGACCUUGAUUUGAUGAAAUGUGGCAAAUAUUAGUCAUUGAAUUGAGAAAAUUUAUUCUCCUCAUUCUUUUCCAUCUGCCCUUGGAUAUACAUGCUGAAUAAUUGCAUCCCCAUCCUUGCAUUGCCACCAGGAACUACCCCAUCCGCAUCCUCCAGAGAGCCAAUAAAACAUCUUUUUUGUGUUUGCAGGUUUUUAUCCAUAGACCACAAGUAGAUCUUCCACUCCCAGGUCUCUAACUGUAAAAGGACCUGCUGGCUCAAUGACCUAUAAAGGCUAUUUCAGCACUUCCAUUCUGUCUGUCUCCAAGGCUUCACCUUAGGUAAGCACUGUCACUCUCGGUCACCUCUCAGGGGGCUCUGACUUUCUACAGCUGCAGGUCCAUCUGGUCUGAGAUGGACAGUAUUACCUAGCAGGAUGUAUACUGUAGCAACAUGACUGACAUUAAGAGCAACCGAGAAUUGUACCAGCAAUACACAGCCUCAGCGCCCAGGCUGCUGGCCCAUAUCUCCAAACUGCUCAUCAGUUGCCGGAACGCAGGUAUUUCUGUACCUAAGGGCAUCAGGAACAUCUUUGAGUUCACUUGGGAGGAGCUCACUGCCGACCCCAUGGUGCCUACCCCGUCUGACAUCAUGGGCCUGGAGAUCAACAUUGGACCCCCACCCGUGGUGCUCAUGGAAUCAGUCCCCGCGCAGGCCCCUGUCCAAAAGAAGCCACCUCCAGUACCAACACCACAGUUGCUGCCCACAUCCACUGGGCCAGCCAAGUUAACCCAGUCUCCCACCCAUGGCUAUCUAGCACACUCUGGCCAGGAGACCCUGCACAGAUUCCAGCGGCAGUCUAUCCACCUGCUGACAGAGCUGCUCACACUGAAGAUGAAGACCAUGGUGGAGUCCGUGUCUGUAGGUGCCAAUCCCCUGGACAUCACAAGGCGCUUCGUGGAGGCCAGCCAGCUUCUCCACCUCAAUGCCAAGGAGAUGGCUUUUGACUACCUGAUCGGCACAAUGGGGAGAAGUAACCGGGGUGUUGGACUGAUAGGGAAAGAUUCCUCCAUGAACACUCCAGCCAUGGGAGUGAACACACCUUACCAGCUUGUCUAUGAGUCCUCUACUGGCUGUCUGAGCUUUUCUCUCUCAACUGGAAGGGAAGUCAAGAAGAAAACAGGCAAAUCAAAAAACGUAGAAGACAUAACCAUGCCGUCCUUCCAACGAGGAGCCGGAAUCUCUGCCUCCAACAGUGUAGAGUUCAGUGACCCCUGCCCUGAGGCCCGGGAGAAGCUGCAGGAGAUGUGUCGCCAUAUAGAAGCCGAAAGGGCCUUGUGGAAAGGGAGGAAUUUCUCCUGCCCCCUGAUCUUUCGCAACUACAGGGCAAAGGUGCCCUCUCAUCUAAUGUCAGCCCCGAAAGGGGACGCUCAGAGCCCAAGCUCCCACCACCCUAACCCUCCAGGUGCUCAGACUUCCACUUCCACCGUUCACCAGCCCCCUGCCCACCACCAUCCUCACUUCGCCCGGCAUUCUCAGGAGUGGAAGGUAUCCAAGAAGAUCAUCAAGUUCCAUUACGCCUUCUAUGAUGGGUCCUCCUUUGUGUACUAUCCCUCUGGGAACAUCGCCAUGUGUCAGAUCCCCACGUGCUGCAGAGGGAGAGCCAUUACCUGCCUCUUUAAUGACACACCCAGCUUCUUUCUGGCUCUGUUCAAUGCUGAUGGACAGGGCUGUGUUUACUACAACAUGAAGGCCUGUUGCCCAUACGUCCUAGUCUUGGAUGAGGAAGGUGGGACCGCCAAUGACUACAAGGGCUACGUAGUCCACAAAUGGAGCUGGACUUCCAAGACAGAGACUUUGCUUUCCCUGGAAUAUAAGGUGAAUGAGCAAAUUAAGCUGACGGUGCUGAGCCAGGACUCCAUCAUGGUCACCUUCACCUCCCUAAAUGAAACAAUAACACUCUCGGUAUCAGCCAGCAAUUGUCCCCAUGGGGUAGCGCAUGAAAAACGGCUACUGACCCGCAUGGAUGACAAAAUAUUUAAGAUGAACCGAGCUUUGGCAGAGAUCAAGAAGCGGUUUAAAAAGACAGUGUCACAAUUUAUGAAUUCUGUCUUGCUGGCAGCAGGCCUGUUCACCAUAGAAUACCCGGUUAAGGAAGAGGCAGAAAUCAGUCGAGCCAAGGUAAAAUUGAGUCCCUAUCUCGAGCGGAGCACCAAGCCAAGUUUAUACUCAGGAGAAGCCCUCUUAUUACGAUCUCAGUCAGCCCGACCUGAAUCCUCAAUUGGAGAGUCUUCGAGGGAAGAGCCUGGGUCUGUUUCUAUAAGCCCCACUCGGAAGAAGAGCAUCAAGAUCCAAGCUAAAGCCGUGGUCACACCCAGAGGAAAGUCUGGAGAGGUGCGCAGCCCUACCAGGUGGGCAGCCUCGCCCUCCGACUGCCCGCUGGUGCUGCGGAAGCUCAUUCGCAAGGAAGACAUCCGGGCUGGCUGCCGGUGCACGGUGAAGGCACCCUUGGUAACGGAUGUGGAGCUGGAGCGCUUCCUGUCCGCACCCCGAGACCCCAGCCAGGUACUGGUGUUUGGGAUAGUCUCAAGCCAGAACCCCACCAGCACCGCACAGCUCCAGUGGCUGCUCGACACACUCCACAGUCACCGGCAGCAGGGCCGCGCCUCGCCCUGCAUCCAGUGCCGGCAUGACCCAUACCGCCUGCUGCGGUAUGACCUGGACAGCUCUCUGCAGAAGGACCCACCCCUGCUGGUGAAGAAGUAUGCUGUGGUGCCAGGGAUGGUUCUGAUGUUCGCAGGGGGGAAGCUCCUUUUUGGUGGCUGCAUUUUGAAUGGAUAUGGCUUUAGCAGGCAGAAUCUGCUGAAACAGAUCUUUCAGGCUCAACAAGACUGCAAGAUGGGCUACUUCCUGCCAGACAACUACAAAUUUAGCAUUCCAACCUAUAUCCCAGUCCUGGAAGACCCCGACUCAGCCAAGAAAGCAAUAUCGGCAGACAUCCAAGAAAGCUUCUCCUCGUUGGCCAUGGGGGACAAGAUGGAGGAGUCCCCUCCUGAAGCUGAGAAGAAGUAGGUGGCCACCCCAGCCCCAGGGCUGAGGGGCCCUCCUGUGAUCAACAGAAUGGGCAUGGCUCACAGCAGGGCCCCUGGCUCUGCCACAGGCCACAGAGUUCAUGUGGGGCUAAGUAGCUUUGGGCAAGUCACUCCUCCCCGCCCCGGGCGUGGGUCAUCUCCAACCAUCCCUGAUAUCUGGCCCAUUUAAUCAAUACCAUGUCUAGCUGGGCAGCAAGCCUGCUCCCGGAGCUGCA